GUCGCUUUGGAUAUUAGGACGAAGUGGCAAAUGUUAAGUUAUAUUUCGGUUUUUAUUUUCACCUCUAAAGGGAGAAAACAAAAUGGUGCGAUUUAAAAACAGGUACGCAUUGUGUGAACUAAUAUUUCCUGAUCAACCAUCAGGAGCAGUUAACUUUGGCUCCAAGCUCUACCAAGAAGUCAAUAGAUGUAUACUAGAGAAUUAUGGAGACUAUGGAGUAGGAGCUCUACAGUUUUCUCUAGCUGUCAAAUAUAUAAACAUCGACACUAAAAUAGCUAUUAUAAGAGGAGAAAGGAAACAUUUUGACAUGGUGAAGUCUACUCUACCAAUGAUUCGUAACAUUGGACCUGAUAAAGUUGUUUUCAAAACUCUUCACGUGGGAGGGUCCGUAAGGGCUUGUCAAAAGUUUUUAAUAAAAUACCAUCAUAAAAACAUGGCCCAAGCAUAUAGGAAUUGCAAAACUGAUGAGCAGAGAGCCAGUGUUCUCAAAGUGAUCAUGGAUGCUUGUGACAGCCUUGAAAAUUUUGGAUCCAAAGAAAAAGCUGUAAGACCAACUGCCCUUGAUUCUUUAAAAAGUCAAGAGGACAUGGAGUGAUAUAAUUAUAACCUUAAUUCUGUAAUUUACAAUGUAAAUACUUCUUUAAAUAUGUUGAAAAUAAAAAUGUUGAUUAGUUA